AUGGGUGAUACUGUUGUGGGUGUCUGUUACAGGCCACCAGAUCAGGAUGAGGAAGUUGACAAGGCCUUGUAUGGGCAGCUGAUAGCAGCCUCACAAUCACAGGUCCUGGUUAUUGUGGGGGGUUUCAACUACCCUGACAUUUUCUGGAAGGCCUACUCAGCCAGCCGUCCGCAGUCCAGGAGGUUCCUUCACUGUAUUGAUAACUUCCUGAAGCAAAUGGGGGAUAUGCCAAUUAGAAGAGGAGUGCUGCUGGAUCUUGUCCUCACUAACAAGAAGGGACUGGUGGAAGCGGUGAAGGUUGAGGGCAGCCUUGGUUGCAGCGACCAUGAGAUGGUGGAGUUUAGUAUCUCAUGUGGCAGGAACAGAGUACCAAGCAGAAUUGCAACCCUGGACUUCAGUAGGUCUGACUUUGGCCUUUUCAAGCAUUUGCUAGGGGAAAUCCCAUGGGACAAGUGGAAGAGGAGAGUCUACAGAUCAUGGAAGGAGGGGCUGGCCACUUGGGAGGAAUAUAAGGCUGUUGUCAGAGAACGUGAGGAGGCAACUAGGAAAGCUAAGGCCUCCUUAGAAUUAAACCGUGCAAGAGGGGUCAGGGACAACAGAAAGGGCUUCUUCAAAUACAUUGCGGAUAAAACUAAUACUAGAGGCAAUUUAGGCCCACUAAUGAAUAAGGUGGGUACCCUGGUGACAGCAGAUAAAGAGAAGGUGGAGCUACUGAAUGCCUUCUUUGUCUAUAAUGCCAGAGGCUCUCCUGAGGAGCCCCAUACCCCUGAGGCCCCAGAUGCCGGAAUAAAGGAGGAGUUUGCCUUGGUUGAUGAGGGCUGGGUUAAGGACCAAUUAAGCAAGCUCGACAUCCAUAAGUCCAUGGAUCCUGAUGGGAUGCAUCUGCAGGUGCUGAGGGACCUAGUGGAAGUCUUUGCUAGACCACUCUCCAUCAUCUUUGCUAAAUCAUUGGAGGAGGUCCAUGAAAAAGUAAAACAAAUAGAACAUGAUCAGAAGCUGCAAAAUAUCUCCAGGACUAAAGUACGCCAAGCUGAUAAUAUGAAAGAGGAAAAGAAGAUAGUACAUCAUUUGCUGUACCCAGACUCAGCUCUGUUCAAACGCUGGGGUGCAGAUUUAAGUGAAGAGGAGCAAACUGUUGCACAGGAGCUGUUCUUAAAAUAUGGGUAUAAUGUAUAUAUCAGUGAUCAUCUGCCUCUGGACCGACCUAUCACAGACACCAGAUCUCCCAGCUGUAAAAAGAAGAUAUAUCCCAAAGAUCUUCCAACAAUUAGUGUUGUACUUAUAUUUAUGAAUGAAGCACUGUCAAUCAUCUUACGUGCAAUUACCAGUAUAAUUAAUCGAACACCUGCUCAUUUAUUGAAAGAAAUCAUCCUGGUGGAUGAUUACAGUUCAAAUGAUGAUCUGAAAGGACCUUUGGAAACACAGAUUAAAAAUUACAAUGCAAAACAUCCUGGACUGCUGAAAAUUGUCAGACAUGAGAAAAGACAAGGACUAACACAAGCCCGGAUUUCUGGCUGGGAGGCAUCAACGGCAGAUGUUGUUGCAAUUUUGGAUGCCCAUAUUGAAGUGAACAUGGCUUGGGCUGAACCUAUUUUGUCUCGAAUAAAAGAAGAUCGCACUGUUAUAAUAUCACCGGUAUUUGACAAUAUUCGUUUUGAUGACUUUGAGCUUCUUCAGUAUUCAGUGGCUGCAGAUGGAUUUGACUGGGCACUCUGGUGCCUUUAUGAACCUUUACCGGAUGAAUGGUAUGCUCUUAAAGAUGAAACAGCUCCAGUCCGGAGCCCAUCUAUAAUGGGGAUUCUUGCUGCAGAUAGAAAAUUUCUGGGUGAGAUUGGUGUACUGGAUGGUGGAAUGCAUAUAUAUGGAGGAGAAAAUGUUGAACUUGGCCUGAGGGCCUGGCAGUGUGGAGGUAAAGUAGAAGUACUGCCCUGUUCGAGAAUUGCUCAUUUGGAAAGAGCCCACAAGCCUUACUUGCAGGACUUGAGUAUUGCAGUGAAACGCAAUGCCUUGCGAGUAGCGGAAGUAUGGAUGGAUGACUACAAGUACAUGGUCUACUUUGCAUGGAAUCUUCCAAUUGAGAAUUCUGGAAUAGACUAUGGAGAUGUUUCUUCCAGAAAAGAGCUAAGGAAAAAACUGAACUGUAAAGGCUUUGACUGGUACAUAAAAAACGUUUACCCUAAUUUAAGAUUUCUUCCCAACAUUGUUGGCUAUGGAACAAUGAAAAACACAUUGAAAGAAGACAUCUGUAUUGAUCAAGGUCCGGUCCCUGGAAACACACCAAUUAUAUAUCCCUGUCAUGCAUACUCACCACAGCACGUGUUUUAUCACAGCACAGGAGAAAUGUACAUAGGAGGUUUACGUGCCCGACUAAAUGCAGUUGAUCGAUGUGUAACAGACCCUGGGAGAGGGGACCUGCCAAUUUUAGAGCAAUGUGACAUAGCUGUGAGUAAAGGCCUGAACUUGCACUGGGAUUUUAAGCAGGGAUCAGCUGUAAUCAACAGAAACACUAAAAGAUGCCUUGAAAUCACAGCAGACAGUACAGGUACAUACAGACUUGUAAUGCAGACCUGCACGGGACAAAGGUGGAAUAUUCAACACACAGUAAAGGACUGGGGAAAGACCAAAGAUCUGGAACACAAGAUACAGCAGUGA